GAAGGGGGCAAAGAAAGCAGCGACGCCUGGGAGCGACGCUCGCAAGCUGAUGUGCCGCUGGCUUUAAAAUGGAAAGCGACACCACUGUCCGGAGAAUAAAACCAUCGUCGCUCGGGACACAUAAUAGCUAUGCGGUGGCCGCGGGGCACCGAUACGCCGGGGACUACAACGGCUGGGGCGAGGACGAGCCGAAGAGGAAGCCCGACGUGAGCUUGUACCUGCUCAGAGAGGGUCUGGCAACCUCCCUGGUCUGCUUGUUUAUUUUGCUGCUGUGGGCUCUGGUUCAGUUGUCGCUCCAGCAUCUCGUCAUAGGGAGGCCGGGCGGAGAGUUCAACGCGGACAGAGCGAGGUGGCACCUGGAGCGCAUCACCAGCGUCGGGCCUCGGCCGACGGGCAGCCAUGAGAACGAGGUCCUGACGGUGACCUAUCUGCUGGAGGAAAUUGACAAGAUACGCCAGGAGACGGUGCAGGGCACGCAUUGGAUCACCGUGGACGUGCAGAGGCCCACGGGCUCUUUCUCCAUCGACUUCCUGGGCGGCUUCACCAGCUACUAUGACCGCGUCACCAACGUGGUCGUGCGUCUGGAGCCGAAGGGCGGCGCGGAGCAUCUGAUGCUGGCCAACUGUCACUUUGACACUGUGGCCAACAGUCCAGGGGCGAGUGAUGACGCUGUGAGCUGCGCCGUCAUGCUGGAAGUCCUCUACUCUCUGGCCAACCAGUCGACUCCUUUCCAACACGGCGUCAUCUUCCUCUUUAAUGGCGCAGAAGAAAACGUCCUGCAGGCUAGUCAUGGUUUCAUCACUCAGCACCCUUGGGCCAAACAAGUGAGAGCCUUCAUUAACCUGGAGGCAGCAGGUGUCGGGGGAAAGGAGGUUGUUUUCCAGACAGGUCCAGAGAAUCCAUGGCUGGUCCAGGCGUACGUCCAAGCUGCCAAACACCCCUUUGCCUCCGUGGUGGGCCAGGAGGUCUUUCAGAGCGGCGUCAUCCCCUCAGACACCGACUUCCGCAUCUAUAGGGACUUCGGUAACAUCCCAGGUAUUGACCUGGCUUUCAUCGAGAACGGCUUCAUCUACCACACCAAGUAUGACACUGCCGACAGAAUCCUCACAGACUCCAUACAGAGAGCAGGUGACAACAUCCUGGCCGUCCUCAAGCACCUGCUCAAUUCCGAAAAGCUGGCUGGCUCCUCGGAGUAUCGCCACGGCAACAUGGUGUUCUUUGAUGUGCUCGGAGUGGCCAUAGUGGCUUACCCGGCACAUGUUGGUACCAUCAUCAACUACAUGGUCGCCAUGGCAACUUUCGUCUACCUGGCCAGGAAAGCCUCCUUGCCCAGCAACCGGGGGGGGCGCUACGUUCGAGAGCUGGCCUGCGCCACAGGUGUUGUGGUUCUUAGCUGGUUGGUCACCCUGCUCUCCGUUCUGAUUGUUGCUGUACUGGUGACGCUGCUGGGCCGCUCCAUGUUCUGGUACAACCACUUCUAUGCCGCCGUGUGUCUCUACGGAGCCGCCGCCACGGGCAAGAUGGUGCUUGUGCACACGCUGGCCAAGAACCUCUACUAUGGGGGUGUGCGUCUGCUAGAGCUGGGUGAACUGUACUUCGACGUGAACCUGAUGCUGUGGUGCUGCAUCCUGCUAUGGUUGACCCAGAAGGGCCUUUGUUCCGCCUACGUGCCCAUGCUCAUGGUGGCCUUCCCCCUGGCCACCAAACUGCUGCUCGCCAAGGAAUUUAAGAAUAGAGGAGCGUCACUCAAGUACAGCGUCCUCUACCUGCUGGGUCUGGCCUUGCCCUAUCUGCACUUCAUGUUCCUCAUUUGGGUGGUCUUUGAGAUCUUCACGCCGAUCAUGGGACGCAGCGGCACCGAGAUACCGCCGGAGGUGGUCCUGGCCGCCAUGGUUACCAUUGGGACUAUAUUGAUCUCUUCCUUUUUCAUCCACUUCAUCUAUUUGGUGCGGAGCACAAAGCGGAUCUUGACGGGCCUGGCAUCCAUCUUCACGGUCAUGUUCCUCUUAGUGUCCUGCAGUCUCCUCUUUCCUUAUUCGGGAGACCCUGACAUCCCACGACCUAAGAGGAUCUUUUUGCAGCACACCACUCGGACCUUCCACGAUCUCGAGGGCCGGGUGGAGAGUCAGGACUCGGGCGUGUGGAUCAACAGCUUUGACUACACGGGCAUUCAGCACAUCACGCCGCACAUCCCUGAAAUCAACGACAGUGUCCGCACGCACUGCCGCGAUGACCACCCCUUCUGCGGCUACCCCUGGUUCCUGCCUGUCAAGUUCCUCAGCAAGAAGAACUGGUACCUCCCUGCUCCUCAAGUGUCUCCAAGCUCCCCGGUGGAGUUCAGCCGGGUGUCCAAGGAGAAGACCCCGUGGGGAACCAUCAAGAUGAUCUUUGAUGUCAACGGUCCCAGUCACAUGUCGCUGUACUUGAUGCCUCAUAAAGGAGCCAGUCUCACCUCCUGGUCCUUCGGUGACGGCACACCUCAGUUUGACCUGAGUGGAGAAUAUUUUGUCUUCUAUUCACACGGCUCGAAUGCGCCCACGUGGACCUUCUGGUUUGAAAUACAGCCGCCCAGCGAUCCGAUCCCGUCAGGCCCCGAGGGGAUCAUCUCAGUGGCCAUCUCCACGCACUAUUUCUUCGGGGACGACCAGAGUACACCUGAGCUGGAGAAAAUCCUGCGCAGGUUCCCCUCUUGGGCUUUCCCGUCAUCGUGGGUCAGCACUUACGACAUGUACAGAUACUGAAGGGGCCGCCCCC